CACAACAUCAGUAAUCAGAAUAUGCUUUCUCUCACGAGAUAACAUUCCCGAAAACACACUCUCAAUCCAAUCCCAAAUCAAUUACGAGUAUUAUUAUUCCAAGUUAUUUAAAAAAAUAAAAUUUGUUCCAAUUUCAUUCAUUUCUUCACCAAUACAUAUGUAGUAAAACUAACAAAAUUACAGAUAUAUAGAUACAGAUACAACAAGUAUAUACAGGAAUGGAAUCUAUACAACAGAGAGUGGAAACAUGGAUCAAAGACCAAAGAGCAAAGCUGUUAAAAGUCAGUUGGCCACAACAAUGGCCCAAUCCAAUGAAAUGGCCGCCAUGGAUCAAAGGCAGAGAGCAAAGAAAAAGAAUGAGCCAAGAGUUUCACCGUCGCCAAAAGCAACUUCACAAUCUCUGCCUCGCCUUGAAAGCCGAUUCGAUAUCCGAUUUGCAGGAUGUUCUUUGCUGUAUGGUCCUUUCUGAAUGUGUAUAUAAGAGACCUGAUACUGAACUAGUUCAAGCUGUGAAUAAAUUUAAAGCUGAUUUUGAUUGUCAAGUUGUUUCGUUGGAACGGAUUCAGCCGUCUUCUGAUCAUGUUCCUCACAGAUAUCUUUUAGCAGAGACGGGGGAUACGUUAUUUGCUUCGUUUAUUGGAACUAAGCAGUACAAGGAUAUGAUGGCUGAUGCGAAUAUACUUCAAGGUGCUAUAUUUCAUGAUGAUGCCGUAGAAGAUACUGAUGAACUUUUAACUGAUGGACAAAAGAAAGUUUCGGAUGAUGUUCCAAAGAGCCUUGGAGCAAAGCCGCAACAAGGAAUGGGUUCAACUAAACCUGCUGCUCAUCGGGGUUUCAUGUCUCGUGCUAAAGGGAUACCUGCUUUAGAGUUGUAUAAACUGGCUCAGAAGAAGAAACGGAAACUUGUCCUUUGUGGACAUUCACUCGGUGGAGCAGUUGCUGUUUUAUCUACCCUUGCAAUCUUGAGGGUGAUUGCAGCUGCUUCUUCAUCAAAAGAACACGAAAGAGUUCCUGUGAAGUGUAUUACCUUUUCCCAGCCUCCUGUUGGAAAUGCUGCUUUAAGAGAUUAUGUUAACGAAAAAGGGUGGCAGCAAUACUUUAAGACUUACUGUAUUCCUGAGGAUCUUGUCCCCCGUAUAUUAUCCCCUGCAUAUUUUCAUCACUAUAAUGCACAUUCUGAUCUGUCUCCAGUUAGCACUAACAAAUUAAAUUUAGCAAUGUCAGACUCAGCGAAAGUAAAGGAAAAUGAAAGCGAGCAGUUGGUUUUGGGUUUGGGACCUGUACACAAUUCUUUUUGGAGACUUUCCAAGCUUGUUCCUUUAGAUGCUGUUAGAAAACAACUUAAUAAAUACACUGGCAAUAAAUUUGAUUCAUCUGCGAAUUCCGCUACUGAUUCCAACAUAACAUCUUCAAUUGAAGAUGUAGAAGAUGCUCCCCAGUCGCUCGAGAUUGAAGAGGAUUCUGAUGGUAUUUCUCUCAAACCAUUCCCUACCCCGGAUAGAGGGGUUCCAGGUGAAACAAUGAAUGGCAACUCAAAUGGAAAAAGUAAAUCAUCUGAAAAACGUAAGGCAUGGCAUAGAGUGCCUGCCUUACCUUCGUAUAUUCCAUUUGGGCAGCUUUAUAUCUUGGGAAAUUCAUCCGUGGAGUCUCUAUCUGGUGCGGAGUACUCAAAGUUGACAUCGGUCAAGUCUGUAAUUGCGGAACUAAAGGAACGUCUCCAAUCUCAUUCCAUGAGAUCAUAUAGGUCCAGAUUCCAAAGGAUCUACAAUGAUUGCAUGAGAGAUAGCUCUUCAUCUUUCUUGGGUCUGGAUCAACAACAGCAAUUUCCUCAGUUACAGAAAUGGCUUGGCAUUUCACUUGCUAAUACUGUUGAGCUUGGACAUAUUGUGGAUUCUCCUAUUAUAUGCACUGCUACGUCUAUUGUUCCUCUUGGAUGGAAUGGUGUUCCUGGUGAGAAGAAUGUUGAUCCUAUUAAAGUGGAUAUUACUGGCAUCGGUUUGCAUCUAUGUACGCUAGUUCAAGCCCGAGUGAAUGGUAACUGGUGCUCAACGACUAUCGAGGCCUUCCCUCCGGGGCCCACUAACCAUUCAGACAAUGUGGCCCAUUCAGACAUACAAAAGAUAAGAGUUUUGGUUGGGAGGCCUUUGAGGCGACCUCCAAAGCAUCAAAUAGCUACUGACUCAUUAAUCUCAGCAUUUCCUUCUAUGGAUCUAAACCCUGUUGAUCAAAGUAUGUCACAGAAUCUGCAAGCGUUUAAUUUGGGGAAAUUUAUGUUCCCUGAAGGUCUCAGCGACUUUGUUAUAUUCUGUACAACCGAUUUCUCAACCAUCUCAAAAGAAGUUCAUGUUCGGACCCGUAGGGUCAAAUUGGUCGGCCUUGAGGGUGCUGGCAAAACUUCUCUUUUGAAGGCAAUCAUUGAUCAAAAGAGGGUUAAUCUUUCAACAAAUGUUGAGAAUUUUCAUAUGGAUGUCGAUGUACAAGAAGGCAUUGCAGGUGGUUUAUGCUUUACAGACUCGGCGGGAGUAAAUUUGCAGGAUCUGAAUAAAGAGGCCUCUCGUUUUAAAAAUGAAUUAUGGAUGGGGGUUCGUGAUCUCAGUACAAAAACCGAUUUAAUUGUUCUAGUGCAUAAUCUAUCACAUAAAAUACCAUGGUAUACCCAAUCUAAUGCAUCAACACGCCAACCAGCCCUUUCAUUUUUGUUGGAUGAGGCCAAAGCACUUGGAAUCCCUUGGGUGCUUGCUAUAACAAACAAAUUCUCAGUGAGUGCUCACCAACAAAAAUCAACAGUUGAAGCUGUUCUUCGAGCAUAUCAAGCAACUCCAAGUACAACGGAAGUUGUUAAUUCCUGCCCAUAUGUAAUGCCCACUGCGGCAAGCUCCCUUACAUCUGUGGGUGAAGGGAGUACAGAUUCUGAUGAAUGGGUGGGUCCCCAUAAAUUAAUUGCGACUCCCAUUAAUUUGGUUAGACGAUCCUUUCAAAAGAAAAGUACCACUCUUCCUGUAGAGGGUGUAAGUGGCCUUUGUCGGCUUGUCCAUCGUGUCCUUCGCAACCAUGAGGAAGUUGCUUUGCAGGAACUUGUGAAGGACAGACUUAUGGUUGAAUUAGCAAGGGAGAGAGAUUCAGCAGCUGAUGUGAAUCAAGAUGCAAUGGCCAAAGCAAACUCUAUGACAGCUGCAGCAGUAGGUGCUUCUGUUGGGGCCGGUGUUGGUCUUGUUAUGGCCAUUGUUAUGGGCGCAGCUUCUGCAUUAAGAAAACCUUGACAUAUACCUUUCACAUAUAAACAUCUUGCUUAUAAGUUAAGAUACAUGUUGUUGGUUAGAUAGUAUUCGAUAUCUGUUGGUUUCAAUAUUAUAAUAUCUAGAUUGUAUUCA